UGGCGUUAGCUCCUUCGCUAGUCACCUUUUACCAGCACACAGGGAAGUAACAUUAAGAGGGGGGGUUAAAGAGGAAAAAAUCCAGAGGCAGCGUUGAGGAAUUGGAGUCACUUCCCGAGGACUGCGGGGAACUACCACUUACUUACUCUCCUGCGGAAUGUGGAAACUCACACUGUGUAGAAAUGAUCACGAGUGCGCGGAAGUUUGUGUUUACUGACGUUGUAGUAGCUAGCUGACUGGCCCUGUUAGCCUGUUAGCGUGGAAGGUGCGCGCUGUUCGGACUGCAGGACAUCCACAUUUCCACCCAGGGAGUCCGACCGGACGGCGAGUCACACAACGGACAUGUUCCUGAUUUUAUCCUCUCAUGUGGAAAGUUAGAGAAAGGUGUCGCGGCCGUGGAUAGUUUGCUAGUUCUGCUAUCAAACUCUUGGAACGUUACUGCGGGCCACGAGCUUUGAUUCCUGUGGGGUCGUGUCAAACAGCAGUGGUACGGACAGACAGAAAACACACAGAAUCCAACAUCUAUCAAGUCUAGUGAAGUCUGGGAGGCUCUAAUCAAACACCGAAACGAUCCCGUCUCUGAAGUCACGGAUGACAUUUAAGGCUUGCAGGUCUGGACUUGCAACCCGACCUUCUCAUCGAACCUAGUUCCUGUGUCUUCAUCCGUCAUGAGCCCCCUGCUCAGCUAGUACAACGCGUGGAAACAACCAGCAGCCCCGCUAACCAUGGGAGGAUGUGUGGGGAGAUACUGGGAAGGCUGGGACGACACACAGAGCCGAGGCUCGUCCAGGAACGGAGGACGGGGAGGGCGUAAUGAGCCUCUGAAGAAAGACCGUCCCAAGUGGAAAAGCGACUACCCGAUGACGGAGGGACAGCUACGGAGCAAGCGCGACGAGUUCUGGGACACGGCGCCGGCCUUCGAGGGCCGUAAGGAGAUCUGGGAUGCCCUGAAAGCUGCAGCCGUGGCCCUGGAGUGUAACGACCACGAGUUGGCCCAGGCCAUAGUGGACGGAGCCAGUAUCACACUGCCACAUGGUACUCUAACUGAAUGCUAUGAUGAACUGGGGAACCGCUACCAGCUGCCCGUCUACUGCCUGGCUCCACCCGUCAAUCUCAUCUCAGAGCGGAGUGACGAAGACCCCAGUGACAGUCCCGAGCCCCCUGUAGCACCCAAAAAGGAAUUCCAGCUCAAGGUGCGACUGUCGACGGGUAAGGACCUACGCCUCAGCGCCAGCAUGGCCGACACCAUCGGGCAGCUGAAGAAGCAGCUACAGGCUCAGGAGGACAUCGACAUCGCCCAUCAGCGCUGGUUCUUCUCUGGCAAGCUGCUCACUGACAAGACACGGCUACAAGACACUAAAAUCCAGAAAGACUUUGUCAUCCAGGUCAUCGUCAACCCGCAGGCCCUCAGAGCACCCAAACCGUCAUCCACCACCACCACCACCUCGGAAUAACCCAGGACACACACAGUCCCAGAGGAUCCUCCGAAUGCUGGAUAACUUUCACGAAAACACCUACGGUUAUUAAAAUAGGUUAAUGUGUGCCGGUACAGAAACAUGAGGGAGAAGCUUUGAAGCGCUGCUUUCAAUCUUAAACCCAUGUGUCACAUUGUUUUUGUCCGGCCUGCUGCUCGGUUCUUGAAGGGAUCCAAGGAUCCACACUAACUCUGGAGAUCCUCUCGUCUUUGAACAGUCACAUCUAAGUGGAAGUAACUUUUGCUGAUGUGCAGCAAAUUCAACCACAUGUGAAAGGUGCACACCACGCUGCACAUGCAUAGACUCUGCCUCUGGCCUUUUGUCUGCACUCAUGUCAAAUAAGUGCCAAUUCAGACUAAACAGAGGUGUUUUAUUUUUGACAGUAAUGCCUGUGGACUCGAGAGUGAGGCAGCGAAUCUCUAAAAUGAAAGACACUUUUCUUCUUUCUUUUAUUGAGGAAACAAUGUAAACUGAGCUUUUUUGCACAUUUGAAGAUUACGACUAUACUUUUGUGGUAGUUUGUGUGCCUUCUUUGAGACGAAACAAAAAAGGGUUAACGUCCUGAAAGAUGUUAGUUUUAUCGCUAGGCUAAUCCUUCUGUAUUUUUUUAGAUCGAGGGACUUUUUUGAUCAGUCGGAGCUAAAUCUGCAUUUUUUAAUGAUUUAAUCUGUCUGGCAGAGAAAGCAUUACAUGUGAGAGCUGAGCAGUGUGUGUGUUUGUAUGUUUGUCUGUGAUUGGGUAAAAGGAAUUUAACUCACUUGAUGCAUUUCAGUAGCUCACAGAGACAAGACUGUUUUCCUAGCGACAAGUCAGUCGACAAUAAUCAUAUUGUUUAGUGAAAGCAAAAGCCCCUUGUGCACAAUACGAUUUAACAUGUGAUGAAUGUAAACCCCCCAUAGAUGUUUGAUUUCCUGCACCAGCAUACAGAUUUAUAUUAACAUACUUGCUGCCUGUCAGGAGUAUAUUGUCUACAGAUUACAUAAAGGGCCUUCAAUAUGUAACAUUACGGGAUAAUGAUCUGAAACUAUAAGCAGACAGUUACAACUAUGGCUGGGCAAUAGAGACAAAAAAAAAAGUCACGGGUCAAUAUUGAUUUUUGGACUGAAGUGAAAGUUUAAAAAUCCAUAUGUUAAAAGAAAAUAUAAAAAAUGAAAUAAAAUUACAAAGAAAACACAACAAGGCGAAGGUGAUGUAACAGACAUGACGAAAGUAACAGAAAAGAUGCAAGAACAGAAAAUGACAGCACAACAAAAAAAUGAUGCAACAAGAUGAAAGCAAUGCAAAAGACGAAGCACAAAGUGAAAGUUGUGAAUAAAACAAUGAGAUUAAAGAAGACACAGCAAGACUAAAGCACUGAGUUUGAUGAAGCACAAACAAAAAUGACCACAAGGCGCCGGCGUAAAAGACAAAAGGGAC